CAAAGUGCCACGUUGGGCCCGGCUGCAGCGUGAGAAGCCGGCUCAGGGCACCCGCCCGGUCGCUGGUGCCGGAGCUCCGGCCGUUGGGCGGCUCGAGGCGGGUCGGGAGGCCGGUCCGCGGCGUGCGGUGUGAGCCGCCCCGUGCGGCGGCGGCGGGGAGCAGUUCUGGUCAGGAGACGCGGCGGAGCCUAGGCGGCGUCGCGUCCCGCCGGAGGGCGGCUCUGGCUGAGGGCGGAGGAGCCCGUGGAGCGCCCGGGGCAGCGGCUGAGGCGGGACGGCGGCGGCGGGCGCCGCUGCCCCCGGAGGAGCCGGCCGAGAUGCUGGCGGAAAACCUAGUGGAGGAGUUUGAGAUGAAGGAGGACGAGCCGUGGUACGACCACCAGGACCUCCAGCAAGAUCUCCAACUUGCUGCUGAACUUGGGAAGACAUUACUGGAUCGGAACACAGAGUUGGAGGAUUCUCUUCAGCAGAUGUAUACAACCAAUCAGGAGCAGUUACAGGAAAUUGAGUAUCUGACCAAGCAGGUGGAGCUUCUACGGCAGAUGAAUGAACAGCAUGCAAAGGUUUAUGAGCAAUUAGAUGUCACAGCGAGGGAACUGGAAGAAACAAAUCAAAAGCUAGUUGCUGACAGCAAGGCCUCACAGCAAAAGAUUCUGAGUCUGACCGAAACAAUCGAAUGCCUACAAACCAACAUUGAUCACCUCCAGAGCCAAGUGGAGGAGUUGAAGUCAUCUGGCCAAGGAAGAAGGAGCCAGGGGAAACGUGACCAGGAGAAAUCGGCACCCAGCUUCUCGUGUCUGAAAGAGCUGUACGAUCUCCGCCAACACUUUGUGUAUGAUCAUGUGUUUGCCGAGAAGAUCACUUCCUUGCAAAGUCGGCAAAGCCCUGAUGAGGAAGAAAAUGAGCACUUGAAGAAAACAGUGACGGUGUUGCAGGCCCAGCUGAGCCUGGAGCGGCAGAAGCGGGUGACUCUGGAGGAGGAAUAUGGGCUUGUGCUCAAGGAGAACAGUGAGCUGGAGCAGCAGCUGGGAGCCACGGACGCCUACCGAGCGCGGGCGCUGGAAUUGGAGGCUGAGGUGGCAGAGAUGCGGCAGAUGCUGCAGUUGGAGCACCCUUUUGUGAACGGCGUCGAGAAGCUGGUGGCAGACUCUCUGUUCAUCCCUUUCAAAGAACACAGCCAGAGCCUGCUGGAGGAAAUGUUCGUGCCGGUGCCGGAAGCACACCGAAAGCCUCUCAAGCGCAGCUGCAGUGAGACGGUGCUCAGCACCUUGGCAGGGGGGGACAUCGUGAGGGGCCACGAGGAGACCUGCAUCCGGAGGGCCAAGACCGUGAAGCAGAGGGGCAUCUCCCUUCUGCAUGAAGUGGACACUCAGUACAGUGCCCUGAAGGUGAAAUAUGAGGAGCUGCUGAGGAAGUGCCAGCAGGAAGAGGACUCCCUGUCCCACAAGGCGGUGCAGACCUCCAGGGCUCUAGCCAAAGACCUGGCCGGGACGAACGCCCAGCCUGAGGCCAGCACCAGCAGCUGGGAGCCAGCCUCUGUUUCACCAGAGCCCGUCAGUUCCCCCACCACCACGACACCUCCGGAAUACAAAGCGCUCUUCAAGGAGAUCUUUAGUUGCAUCAGGAAAACUAAGCAGGAAAUAGAUGAACAGAGAACAAAAUACCGAUCUCUUUCCUCUCAUUCCUAAUUCAACCUCCAGCUCUAUUACCAACUUGUCUGUCUGCUUUCACCUCUCUCUCCCACUCUGACAAGUGUUUGUAAACCCCACAGCCUGAUAGUGCUCAUGACGUUUGCCUCGUUGUUUGGCUUACUUAGCAGCUGCGAACAACAGUGGGGAAAGAAGGUAGCUGCUGGUGUCAGUUCUAUAAUCCAGUUCCAUUUAAGCUCCUCAGAAAAUCCCACGACAGACUGGCCUCUGGCUGGUGCGCUGAUUAGGUUGUGAUUCCUUGAAAAGCCCUAGAACCAGUGGAUGGGUAGAUCCAUGCUCCUAAGGGAAGCACGCCUGGAGUUACUAUAGUAUAUAGUACAUAGUGUAUGGUUAUAGGGGCAAAAGGGCAGAGUUAAAACUAAGGCAACUCCUACCGCCUCCUUGCUUCUCAAAACUGUAGAAGUCAGAUGGCUGCCCAACUGAAGUAGCUUUCACAAACACUGUUGGAUACUGUGAAUUCAUUAAGAAGAAUGCCCAGGAGAAAGCAGGGGUCUAUCCAAAAUAAAUGGCAUUAACAAAUACUCCAAGCCUUGAGCUUUGUUACAUCUGCUACCAGUUGAGCUGUGACUGACAAGUCAUCAUAAUGCAUCUAAAUCCAGCUGAUACCAAACUGAAAGGCAAGCUCUGGUUUGACCACAGUCAGCUUGUUCGCAUAGGCCCUAGAGGGCCUCCACCCCCUCCUUCAGAUGUUUGUACUCAAAGCUGUAGUGGUUAGCAUAGGCAAGUAUGUAAAUCAUUCUUAAAGUCAAACUAAAGACGCAAGAUCAAACCCCUCACUCCUACUGUGUUGUCUGAGCUGAGCUGACAGCCACAAGCUGCCCUUACUCAGUUCCUGUGGUUCCUAGAAAUGUUUUUGACUUGCUGCAGAAAUUCCUGUCUGCUACUUUACUAAACAGUAUUGUUCUGUGGGAAUCUACUCAUCUUCUCACUUGCAUACUUUUAAUUUAAAACUAUUUAAAAGAACUGAAGAUCCAGUUAUUGUAUAUAUUUUUCUAAAAACCAAAUAAAACUACCUAUGAAAAUG